UGAUCUAACAACAUCAUCAAGAACUGCUAACACUACAACAAAACUAACAAAUGUGAGGGUGCUAACUAAUAGAGUUGUUUCCAAUAGCUCUGAGGAAGAAAGCAUGAUGAAGAUAUCCGAAGGACACCACAGAAUUAACAGAGUAGUGCUUCCGCAAUCAGUUGGUGCAAAAGUCAAUGGCACUGAUACCACUCUUGCCAGCCAAUCUGCUCCAAAUAGUCUUGGCACAAAGCAUCUUGAAAUUAACGACAUGAAUUGCUCCAGUUAUCAGCUUCAAUCUGCCAAGGUUGCUGAUAGACAUUGUGAAGAAUCCAGUGGAGGUGAAACCACAACUUCCUUGACUCAUGCUGCAAAGCCCGCCACACAAGCUGUGGGAGUGCAGAACGAAAGCACCGUUCCAAGAAAAUGUCCAAAGUUUCUACUCUCUGGGGUUCGUGGUGAUGAGCUAGAAAGGUUAGCCAAGGUGUCUAAGUUUUAUGAUCGUGCGGAGCUCCAGGUUUGAGCUCUUUCCAAACAAUCACUGACUUUCUAACAGUAUCAUU